UUUUGAAUUUUUAGAUUGAGGUUAUGUGUAGAAUUUAUAAUGUGAAUUUUGAAUUCCAAAUAAAUUCUAAAGAAGUAAACGAUUAAGAUGUUUUUACCAUUUUCGUUUUCAAUAUUGAAACGAAUAGCUAUUUCCCUUCGACAUUCUCCCCAAUAUUAUAUACAUAAAAAUAAUGGUCAUAGAUUUCGUUCCACUGUUAAUAAACCGAUACAUGAUGUUAAUACCAAAGUAACGAAGGAUGUAAUUUUAUUUAAAUACGAAAACCCAAAGUAUUUUAGGUAUAUGAAUGUAUUCGCUGUUGUGCAAUACAUAUUUUGGUGCUAUUUAGGAGUGUUUGCCUUAAAGAAUUUGAGAGAUGCUCCUGUGGAUUCAUCAAUAAUGAAGGAUGAAGAAACUCCAUGGUUUAGGAAAAUCAAUCUAGGUGAAAAUAAGUACAAGAAUACUUUAGGAGCUAUAGCUCUUCUUGUCGGUACUGGCUCACUGGGGAUGAUAUGGAUGUUUACACUUAAAUCAGUUCGAUAUCUAAUUCUCAACAAAGGUGGAAGACAUCUUACCUUUGUAACUUACACACCUUUUGGAAAGAAUAGAAUUAUGAAAGUUCCUUUAGAGAAUGUAUGUUGUAAAGAAGAUAGGAAGUUUGCUAAAGUUCAACUUCCUCUAAAAGUUAAGAAUCACUCUAUGCAUUAUAUGGUUGAUAUGCGGGGAGAAUUCAAACAUCCUUUGCUUUUUGAUUCAACUGCUGGUCUCUCAAGAAAGUGGUAAACUAUUCACCUCUCAUGUCCUAAGCUUUAGCAUUGAAUUAGGUAUAAAUAUGUAAAUAAAUGUUUUAUUUGA